UCUAUGGUUUAUGUCCACGUUCCUUGUCCCCAAGGGGCACCUGGUUGAGGCGAGCAUCGUUGUCAAGGUAACGUUAGCUGUGUUGGUAACUUGAGUCGAGGGUGGUUGUCGCUUGUUUUCCAAGAGACUCCUGAAAACUUCCUGCAGAAGUGUUGAACAGCAAAACCAAGGGUUUUCUUACGGGUUAAAAUGGAUGAGCUGAAUAAGAUUUAAAAGGUGAAAAAACGGCUGCGGAGAACAAUGCAUUUGACAAGGCCAAAGUCCUCAAAAGGACGUAGUAGACCGAGCGUGAGCCAAAACCCAAAUGUGGAUGCCAGCGUCCACAACACACUCCCAAAGCCUCCUUCAGUGGGGUCUGGCAAAUUAAAUCGUUACACCCACUCCCAAUCCGCCCUCAGGAACAGCAAUGAGCUGAGAGUGGAUGAAGUCCCAGACUACCUUGAUAAUGUUCCCGAGGUAUCCUCUUUUCCUUUCCCUUGGAACAAAUACAAGCCCCUCCCCUCUAUUGAGAAAAAAACAUCAGAGGCUGGCAUCUCUUUGAGGUGCAUGGAGGUGAAGACUUCCAAGCUGAGUUUGUCUGACAACCUCAUCAACCAGGCUCAGCGAGGGCACAGGGACCACCAGCUGACCUCAGUUAGGACCAGGGCUGCAUCCCAGAGCAACCCAGAGAUUGGCAACAUGUCAGAGGUGCUAUGUGAGGGCUUUCCCUCUCCCAACCAUCUGGACCGCAGUGUGAUAGCCACAACUCAAAUCCCACCAUUACCCGCCCCUGGCACUACCAAUCCAAUUAGCUUACUUCUUGCCAUCAGAGCUCCAUGUGGGAGGAGGUUUGAGCACCACUUCCUAUCCACAGACACCCUGUUGAACGUGCUGGCCAGUGCAGAAGCCAAAUAUGGGACCAGAUAUGAGCAUGGUUACAUUGAGACCCUGGAUGGUUACAUCGCAACUGGUGUUGAUAGACCACUCCGCAAGACAUUUACAGACCUUAACAUGACUUUGGCUCAAUGUGGCAUCUUCAAUAGAUCAGUACUGUGCAUCUUCCAGGACAUUACUUAAUCUCAGAUGCAUUACUGUAUGACUGAUGUUAAUCAUUAUAUUACAUGACAGAUAUAUAUUAAGAUUAUAGCACUUUAGAUUAUAGUCUUUCUACUAGAAAAUAGAUUGCUCCCUUUGUCAAACUAAAAUCUUUAACACU